GCACUAAACCUCAGCAAUCGUAUGGAACAGACGGUUACCCGAUCACAAGUCAUCCAUACAUUACUCAGGUUUUUAAUUAAAACCCCACACCUCUCUUGUAUAAUCCUCAAUUUGUCUCGAAUUUCCACACAUUUAGGAAGUAUCUAAUUGAUUCGAAAACUUGUACGUCCUUGUGGAAUUAUAACAUCGUAGCGAAACCAAAAAAUCUACGGGGUUCUCAUUCUUGUGAUCUAGUAAACCAGAUUUACCUUCGAUUUUAUACUGUAUACGGAUGUUGACUAACUUAUGCACUGUGGGUCGAUAUACAUUUUAGUAGAUGCAUCCUAGGUAUCUAACAUUGUGGUUGUGAGAUUCUGUGUCAAUGGAUUGGGCGAAACCAGUUGAGUGUCUUAACAAUGCAAAGUCUGGUAGAGGCCACAGCCAAGACGUUCAUUGUUUCACAGGGGUUUAGUGAAAGUUGCAUGUGUGCAUCAUCGUGAAGUGAUCGACAAUCUCCAGCUGUCUUCUUCUUCUUAUGGUGGAGCACAAUUGUAGAAAUAAUUUCACAAAAGCAGACUAUUUCCCAUCAAGUGGAACAGGAAAUACAUGGCCGUCAGUUGCACCAACUCGGGCAAAGGGACGACUCUUCUACCAGUUGAUUGAUUCAUAGACUCGUGUGAAUUCUGCCUCCUGUCGUGUUCUAAAGUGCAUAAUUUGUGAAAAAGAAAUUGGAUGCAGGUAUACUUUUUGAAGGUGGCAUUAAUCAAGGAAUUGUUGCUCGGUGGUGAAAUGUGGAAACCCUCCAGGUCAGGUUGACGGAAAAAGAUUAGUUUUUUUUCAUACUAUCCGAUCUUUGGAGGAAGUAAAGAGAAAUCGGAGUAGAGCAAGCAAGGAGGAAAAGUGGCACACAAAGUGAUGGUCAAUUGAUGAAAUGAAUCUCAGUGCUGUGAUUACUUCAAUUGUGAUACUUUUCUGUCUGGCCGUUUGUGAAGGUCGAUUGUCCACUCGUUGCUAUGUGUGUCGGUCAAGGGGAGAAUUAGGAGAUUGCAAGGAUCCAUUCAGCUUCAAUGACACGUCCAUCAAGGAUUUGCCAGGAUUUCCUGUCUCCGUGACGCCAUGCCCUUCAGGCUGGUGUCGCAAACAGACGGAGGGGAUUCGCGGACCGGCCGAUGAGUACGGCUCAGCCACGGACCGCUCUUGUCUCAGUCAGGCGCCGAAUGAUGGGGAAGAACGCUGUGCAGAGGUCAAGAUUCGCAACAAGGUGUCACGAUUGUGCUUAUGCAGAGGAGACCUGUGCAACAUGGCGCCCUCAUCCCGUCACGGACCCCUCUUCCUCGUGGCGUUCCUAACGAUGGUCACCAUCUCCAUAAAUUACUAUUAACAAAUACGGUUGUUGAAUAACUUAUACACAUAAAUACUCAUCAUCGCUCAACAUGAAUACUUUUUUAAAUGCAAGCUUUGGAAUAGCAAUUAUUUUUAUGAAAUAUUAGAGAAAAUGAUGGUGAGAGCAUUGACAUUAUAUUUUUGUACUUUUUUUAUACACUGUUUGAAAAUGUUUAUUUUCGUAGAGUUUGUUAAUGCAUAUCGGUGAGCGUGAUGAAUGAACAAUAAAAUGCAAACAGGUUACAAUUCAAAUUAAAACGAUACAACUUUGUUGAUAAGAUCA